AUGAACAAGGAAGGAGGAACAGUUUCCAGACCGCCCCUACUGAUAGGGCCUGAGAACUAUGACUAUUGGAAAGCUCGGAUGAUGGCUUUCUUAAAAUCCAUUGACAGCAGAACAUGGAAAGCUAUUGAAAAUGGCUGGGAGGCUCCAGUUGUUCUUGACAAAGAAGGGAACAAGACAACUGAGGUUAAGGCUGUAAAGGACUACUCAAAGGAUGAGGAUGAACUAGCUCUUGGUAACUCAAAAGCUCUAAAUGCCAUCUUCAAUGGAGUGGACAUCAAUAUGUUCAGACUUGUCAAACGAUGCACUGUAGCAAAGAAUGCAUGGGAAAUACUAAGGAAAGCACAUGAAGGAACAAGCAAGGAAGAAGAGACCAUUCAUGAUUUUCACAUGAAUAUUCUAGAAUUUGCAAACUCAUUUGAUGCGUUAGGAGAACCCAUAUCUGAUGAGAAGCUUGUAAGCAAAAUUCUCAGAUAUUUUCCUAAGAGGUUUGACAUGAAGGUAACAGCAAUAGAAGAGUCUCAGGACCUAGCAACUAUCCAAGUAGAUGAGCUAAUAGGAUCUCUUCAAACCUAUGAGCUAGGCAUGAAUCAAAGAAAAGAAAAGAAAAAUAAAAGUUUAGCUUUUGCCUCCAACACUGGAGAAGAUGAAGAAUCAGAUCUGGAGAGUGAUGAAAGUUUGUCAGAAGCAAUGGUCUUGCUAGGAAGACAAUUCAACACAAUCAUGAAAAGAAUGGACAAAAAGUCUAAGUUCAAUGUGCCAAGCAUCAAGCUCGACAUCAACAAACAGACCAAUGAUCAAAGAAGGGCUAGAAGUGAUGAGAAAACCAGUCAGUCAGAAGCGGUCCAGUGUCAUGAAUGUGAAGGAUAUGGACACAUCAAAGCUGAAUGUCCUACCUUUCUGAAGAGACAAAGGAAAAGUCUGGCUAUCACUUGGUCAGAUGAGGAUGACUCAAAGGAGGAAACUGAAAGUGGAUCUGCAAAACAUGUCAAUGUGUUGACAGGUGUGUGUGAAUCUGAUGCUGAAUCAUGUGAUGGAACAUCCUAUGAGGAACUACUUACUACCUAUAAGGAUCUGUUCAUCAGAAGCAAUGAAGCUGAGAAGAAUGAAUGUCUGGUAGCAAUUGAUACUCUCAACAAAGAAAUUGAAAAACUGAAUGGUGACUUGGAGCAUGCUAGAAAACAAGUCAGAGUUUAUGGGUCAGGAGAAGAAAAAUUUCAAGCCAUGUUGUUGAAACAAAGUGCAGGAAAGAAACCUAUUGGUUUUUACUAUGAGAUUGUUGAUCAACAAAUGAGAUACAACAAAGCUACAAUUACUACUCCCAUUAAUAAAACAUUUCCUGUCAGUGUUGGUCUUUUACCACCACAUCCUCCCACACAUCAGGGAACUGAUACUUGGUUAAAACCCAAACCUAAGCACCGUGUCCAGACUGGAUCAAUGUCUCAACAUCCUCCUCCACAUCGGUAUAACUGGACUGGAUCAAUGCCUCAACAUCCUCCUCCACAUCGGUAUAACUGGUCAAGACCUAAAUCCAGGAAAAGAAACUGGAGAUGUCAUUAUUGUGGUAGGAAAGGGCACAUAAGGCCUUACUGCUAUAAAUUGUAUGGCUAUCCAAAGAAUUCCCGGUCACUUGCACCUAUGCCUGAAAAUGUGAAGACCAAGAAAGAGUGGAAGGAAAAGGAAAAUGAUGGAGAGAUAAAAGGAAUUGGGAAUCUAAUUGACAAUGGAUUACCAAACUUAGAUAAUGUUCUACUGGUAAAAGGACUUACAGCUAAUUUGAUUAGCAUUAGUCAGUUGUGUGAUCAAGGCAUGAAAGUGAACUUUACUCAAUCAGAAUGCCUUGUUACAAAUAAAGAAGGAAGACUCAUGAUGAAGGGAGUAAGGUCAAAAGAUAACUGCUACUUGUGGGUAUCUGAAGAAGAAAAUUACUUGUCCACAUGUCUCUUAAGCAAAGAAGAAGAAGUUAAACUAUGGCAUCAAAAACUGGGUCAUCUACAUCUAAGAGGAAUGAAGAAGGCUAUAGCAAAAGAACCAAUCAGAGGACUUCCUAAGCUCAAGAUAGAAGAAGGAACAAUAUGUGGAGAAUGUCAGAUAGGGAAGCAAACCAAGGUGGCGCACCCGAGGCUCCAACAUCAGACCACCACCAGAACACUUGAACUACUACACAUGGACCUAAUGGGACCUAUGCAGACUGAAAGUCUUGAUGGUAAAAGAGAAAAAGAGGUUGUUAUUGUAAGAAUAAGAAGUGAUCAUGGCAAAGAAUUUGAGAAUGGAAAAUUCUUUGAUUCAUGUGCAUCAGAAGGCAUCUUUCUUGGAUACUUCACAAACAGCAGAGCUUACAGAGUUUAUAACUCUAGAACUAAAGUUACCGUGGAAUCAAUCAAUGUGGUAGUUGAUGAUGCACCAUCAACCAAAACAGCAGACGUGGAAGAAAAUGUUGAAUCAUCCAUUCAACAGUCAGAUGAUAUUGUAUGUGAAGAAGUUUCAGGUUCUAACAAUGAAUCUACUGAUCCUAAAUCAGAACCUGCCCGUGUCAACAAAGUCCCAUUUAUCAGGGAUUCAGUUGAAGAAAAUAUUGUGAAGUUUGAGCAUGUUGCUAUUGAAGAACAGGUGGCUGACAUAUUCAGUAAAACAUUAGAUGUUGUUCAGUUUGAAAGGCUAAGGGGCAAAUUAGGAAUUUGCCUGCAUAAGGAGUUGUAG